AUGGCGCCCUUCGUUUUCCAAGGGAACGAUGCGCCCCGAGGACCAUCCGGAAGAGGUCGAGACCACCGAGAUCACCGAGACCACCGAGACCGUCGGUCGCGUCCCAGACGCGAAUUUACCUUUCGCUUCCCCCAUACCUCAGAGCGACCUUUGCUAGCGCCGAACCGAGAAACAACACCAGAGCUUCUGACAGCCAAUGACGAAGAGAAGGCGGCCCCCAAAUUUGCGUCUCUCGACGCGCUAAGUGACAGUGAAGAAGCGGAAAUGGACCUCUCGGACUCUUCAGAUGAUGAAUCGCGCCCGCGAAAACGACGUGCCAUCGCCUCUGACGAUAAGGAUGGCGAUUCAAAGCCUAAGCCAGCACCAGCGCCAACUCCAAAAUGGUCCAAUCCCGACCCAUACACAGCCUUGCCGCCGCCCGAUGAGACCACGGGGAAGAAGCUUGAUGUGGUGAAGCUGAUUCGCAAAGCUAGGCUGGCAGCCGUAGCACCAAAGCAGGAAGACGCGGUGGCCGAGAACCAUGACUUCAUCUCGUUGGGCGCGCUGGGUGGACCAGGAGAAGAGGAGGAGGAGGGAGAGGACAAAAGAGAAAGUCCCCCGGCAAAUGCCCCCAGAGGCCCCAAGAGCAUGGCGAACCAGAGCCAGGUCCAGAGUCAAGAAUCAGCACUUUUGCAACGCAAACGAACCCGUGAUGACGAACCAAAGGGAUUCUCUACAAAGGUCGGAAAGCCAAUGUCAAGGUUCCACAGUGAUGGCUCUGUGCUGUAUGCCUGGAAGGCCUUGUCUCCGCAGUCGGCUACACCCUGGACCGAUGGAAUGAGUGCUCUGCACAUGGGUACCCGCCUACACCAGGAGGUUCUUGGCUUUUACAAUUGGAUCAAGCCCCAUGAUUUUGAACACCUUGUGCGACAAGAUCUCAUCCAGCGGUUAGAGACAGUGUUCAAGGAGAGGUAUGCCGGCGUAGAACUUCAUGCUUUUGGUUCGUUUGCUUCGGGACUAUAUCUUCCCAUUGCCGAUGUUGAUUUGGUUCUUAUGUCUCGGGAUUUCGUUCGCACGGGGAAGAGAAACUUUGGCGAAAGACCUGGCCAGAUCUAUGCAUUCAGUGCUUUCAUUAAGAACGCGGGGAUCGCGGUUCCCGGCUCCAUCGAAAGUAUUGCGCACGCUCGUGUGCCCAUUAUCAAAUUCGUGGACAAGGUUACUGGCUUGCGCGUUGAUUUAUCCUUUGAUAAUGACAGUGGCAUUAGGGCGAACGAAACGUUCAGAAUGUGGAAGGAACAGUACCCAGCGAUGCCGGUGAUUGUUUCGGUCAUCAAGCAGUUCUUGCUUAUUCGAGGGCUCAACGAGGUACCAACCGGAGGCCUAGGUGGUUUCUCCAUCACUUGUCUGGUUGCGAGUCUGUUGCAGCAUAUGCCGCGACGCGAAGAGUUCAAUCUGGGCAAGAUCCUGUUAAACUUUUUCGAUUACUACGGUAAUAUCUUCCAGUAUGAAGACGUGGGUAUUCGUAUGAAUCCGCCAAUGUUCUUUAACAAGAACUUUGGCAGCCGGGACCGUCUCACGAUUGAGGACCCGAACAACCCAGACAAUGACAUAUCGGGUGGAACGAAGGAGAUUGCGUUGGUGUUCCGGACAUUCUCCCAGGCCUUCACCAUUCUCUCUCGGCGUAUGCUCGAGUUGACAAAUGCCCAAGACACCAAUGGCAGUAUUCUGGGCUCAAUAAUCGCCGCCAACUACGAAGAGUACAUGAUCCAACGGUUCCAACUGCGCGAGGUAUAUGAGUCCUCCAGUAGAUUCGACAUCUACCGCAACCCACCACCACCUCCUGCUUCCCCACCUCCGCAACGUUCCCAACCGCCUCCACCUCUGCCUCCUGGUCCGCCGCCCACGAUUCGUGCCGCCUAA